AUGUCGAACAAUAAGAUAAAAGAACUAAAAAAGUGCGCAUUUGCAAAUCAAGAUAGAUUAGAGAAAUUGGAUCUAAGUAAUAAUGAAGUCGUUAAAAUUAAGCCUUCCAUCUUUACUAAACUUUUAGAGCUAAACCAUUUAGAUUUAUCAAAUAACAACCUGAAACAGAUUUUAAAUAAUUCAUUUUUUGGUCUUAGAUCCUUAAAAUAUCUGUCUCUCCAACAAAACAAACUAUAUUACUCCAACACUACCUUUGAAUUAGACGCAUUCAAUGGACUAGACAAGCUAGAGAUUAUACAUUUAGAAAGUAACAACCCUACCUACGAUUCCCCAACCUACCCAGAUUUAGCACUCGCCAAACUGACGACACUUCGGGAAAUUUUCAUGGACGGAUACCCCAUUCAGCUUGGGCUUGGCUUUAGUAGUCUUCACAACUUAGAAGCAAUAAAACUAGACUCUGAUACAUUCUGCGAAUUAGGUGCUGAGUUACAGGACAAUUUUUUUCAGCAUAUGGUUUCAAAGAAAAAUUUCUCUGUGUGGCUCAACAGUUGUGGAUUAAGUAAAAUACCAACGAACAUUUUCAAGCCUAUUUCAAAUCUGAUACGAAUAGACAUUUACGAUUCAUUGCUUUCAUUGGAAAAAUUUGAAAAUAAUUCACUCUGGUUAACUGGCUUGAAAAUAAGUGUGCUUAACAUUUCGAGAAUAAACUAUAGAGUUGAUAUUUAUUUUUCUUAUCUCACAAGACACACUUUUCGGAAAUUAAAGAAUAUACCACUGAAAUCUCUAGAUAUAUCCAGCAAUGGAAUUUAUACUUUAAACGCUUUGGCGUUUGUAGGCCUGCCUCAAACACUUGAGUAUUUAUCUCUUAGAAAUAAUAAAUUAGUCAGAUGCUGGCAAGGACCCCUCAGGGGUCUACCAUCGCUUCAACAUCUUGAUUUAUCUAGAAAUUAUUGCACGAAAAUGAAUUUAAUAUUCUUAAAAUAUCUGACAAAUUUGACGACACUUCUUCUACAAGACAACUAUCUUGGUCCGACUUUGGCCAAUGACAUUUCAGGAAUAAAUUUCUCAACACUGACUAGAUUGGAGGCCUUGAACAUCAGUGGUAACACUAUAACAUCUUUAUCCAGAAAUGUCUUUCAGAAUAACAUCAAUUCAAAAUAUUUAAAUCUCUCAAGAAAUUCACUUACACAUUUUGAAGUCGAUUUCAAUAAAGUACAAAAACUCGAAGUGCUUGACUUAACUGGAAAUCUCUUGGUCGGAUUUUCUGAACCGAAUUCCAAAGAUUUCAAACAAAUGAGAUCCAAGAACCCAAAUUUUAGAAUUAAAAUCCAAUCCAAUCGUCUGAUAUUUAAUGAAGAGCUGUGUCUCACAGGAAAUUUUCAUAGGAACUCUCGUUACGUUUGCAUCGUUCUCGGCAUCGUCUUGUUGUCGGCCAUGUUUUACUACAACAGAUGGAAAUCUGCUUAUCUCUAUUACAUUGGAUCAAAGAAACUUCACAUUGGCGAUGCUUUAUUAAAGUAUCAACCACUUGCUGAUAUUUAUAUAUCAUAUGAACAGGAGCCAGAGUUCAGUCGCUUGGCGAGAAACAAAUUUAUUCCUUGGCUAAAUGAGAAAAUGUUCACAUUGAUAAACGGCGAAGAUGACUUCCCUGGUGGUUCACAAUAUGAGAACAUCGCUGGAGCCAUUGCUGGUACAAGAAAGACUCUCGUCCUACUCUCGAGAGAUAUCUUUGAAGACAAGUUCCGGAAAUUUGAACUGAAUAUGGCCAUCAUGCAUGAGAUGUAUUAUUCUGAUAGGAUCAUCGUGCCUGUUUUUGUGGGUCACUUUCAGGUCAACACCUGGCCAGUGGAGAUCGUGACCUACAUCAGAAACCAGAAUCACCGUUGUUUGUUGUAUGAGGACACGGAGGAGUUUUGGGAUGAUUUAAAGUCAUAUUUAACCAAUCGUAAACGAUGCAAAAAUUGA